GCUCGCAUUAGCCAAAAAGUAAUGCCCUUCACAUAAGGGUGUGUAUGGCAGACCCCAACCCCUCCAUGUUCCAUGUUCCAAACUUCCCAAACUUGCCUUUCAUGUCCCCACUCUUCUCCUUUUUUAUAAAACCCCACUUCUCUUCACCCCCCAAAACCCCUCCUUAAGUCCUUCCUUCAUUCAACUUCUCAAUCCUCAUUUGCUUUCUUUGCCACCACUUAAUUUUUUGCACACCAAAAUGUGUUCAUCUAAACCAAAAACUCUCCUUGGUACUAACACCAUAACUUCAGCCGAGCCUAAGAUCAAUGGCCGCCCGGUUCUUCAACCGACUUGCAACCGAGUUUCGAGCUUGGAGAGACGAAUGUCACUCAAAAAGACUACACCAAAAUCUCCUACUUCACCACCACUAGCCUUGCCAAUCCAAAAUGGAGCUUGCAAAACUAAGCCUUCAACACUUUCCCCUCCUGUCUCUCCCAAGCUGCCAUCGCCUAGGCCCCCGGCUAUCAAGAGAGGAAAAGAUCCUAAUUAUGAGCUGAAUUCAAGCGCCGAGAAGGUCCUAACACCGCGGUGCAUAAUCAAGUCGACGAGUUCAAUUAAGAAGUCAAAGAAGUGUGGUGGUGCUGGAGUUGUUGCCGAGACUUUGAAGAACUCUUCCUCUUUGAUAGUUGAGGCUCCGGGAAGCAUAGCUGCUGCAAGGAGAGAGCAAGUUGCUAUAAUGCAGGAGCAAAGAAAGAUCCGAAUCGCGCAUUAUGGAAGGACAAAGUCUGCCAAGUUUGAAGGGAAGGUGGUGGCUCCGAUGCUCGAUUCUUCGGUUGGUAAAGAACAAAAGAGAUGCAGUUACAUAACUCCUAAUUCAGAUCCUAUCUAUGUUGCUUACCAUGAUGAAGAAUGGGGUGUCCCUGUCCAUGAUGACAAGCUGUUGUUUGAAUUGCUAGUAUUGACUGGAGCUCAAGUUGGAUCAGAUUGGACUUCAGUAUUGAAGAAAAGAGAAAUAUUCAGAAAUGCCUUUUCAGGGUUUGAUGCAGAAGCAGUUUCUAAGUAUAAUGAAAAGAAGAUCACCUCAAUUGGCGCCGACUACGGCAUUGAACUAAGCCUUAUUCGAGGAGCUGUCGAUAAUGCUAACCGAAUUCUUGAGAUUAAGAAAGAAUUUGGGUCCUUGAACAAGUACUUGUGGGGAUUUGUGAAUAACAAAUUAAUCUCUACCCAAUACAAAUCAUGCCAGAAGAUCCCAGUGAAGACCUCAAAAUCAGAGAGCAUAAGCAAAGACAUGGUGAGGAGAGGAUUUCGGUUUGUGGGCCCCACAGUUAUCUACUCAUUUAUGCAAGCAGCUGGCCUCACAAACGACCACUUGAUCACUUGCCCAAGACACCUUCAAUGCCUUGCCUUGGCAUCUCAGCUUCCCUCAGUAGCCCCAGCUCUAUAAAUAUCACACCAUGCAAUUUACAAAACCCAAGUCAACAACAAUCAAAUUGAUAAUAAUAAUCAUAGUAAUAAUAAUAAAAAGGUUGAACUUAAUGUUAAUGUCUAUAACAUAUUAAUAAAUAUAUUUGACAUGUAAUAUAUAACCCCAUAAGCAUAGUAGUGUAAGCUUGUUUGCCAGACUAGCUAGGGAAAAAAAAAAAAAAAAAGAGGGUUGCUUAGUUGGCCUUUUGUGAUUUGUAAAAAGCUUAGUGGAAAAAAUGAUGGGCUAAGUAUGGGUUACAAUGUGUGUGGAUGUGAACACGGAAAGAAGGGAAUUUGGGGACAGACAGCAUGUGCAGAUGGGCAAAGGCAAAUGGCUCUCAUUGCUUGUGACCACCACAACAUGUACACGACACAAGCUCCAUUAUUUUGCUUCUCUUUUUCCACAGAUUGUGAGAGAAUAAUCAGUGCAAAUUGGACUGAUUGACAGUGGACAAGACUUGUCAAUUCUGCUUCAGAGAAGAUAUAUAUAUAUAUAUAUAUAUAUAACUCCGGUGCCCAGUCGAGGCGCCAAAGUUUCAAGCAUUCAACGCCAAAUUGUGACACGUCGCCACACACACGCUGCUAUAUGCCAACCUCAUGAAGACUAAAUGCUUAGUCCGUGCACAACUUGUCCUUUGUUUUCUAAUCUCUUAACGUUUUGAUUUUGGAAGCUAUGAUUGUAUAAAUGUAGCGUGUAAGUUUGAGCUUGUUAUUGUCUUUUAUAGAAUGAAAUUAUCUCUUAUUGUAUAAA